AUUCGGAGUAAACCCUUGUCUGGUGCCCCUGUCCCUUUAUUCGCGAAAUGAUUGUGUUUGAGGUGCGCGCCUAAGAGCAUGAAACUUCAGUCGAUGACCACGUGCUUCCGCGCGAAGCAGUGCGUCGCGUGCCCGCGAUUCCCAGUGUCCGCGUACAUUUCGUUGUCGUGGUGUUAAUUGGAAAAUCGAUCGUUUAACUCGCGCGUUCCGUCGGUCCAGCGAUCGUCGUAUUUUCGUCGACAAUCGGUAGUCAGGUCCGCAUAUCCCAGGAUCGCGAGAUAUGUCGUAUAUACGUAAGUACUUCAAGAAGACGCCGGUCUAUGUCGUGGAAGACCACGAUGAGGUUUUACCGUUUAUAUAUCGGUGUAUGGGAUCGAAACAUCUGCCCUUCGAAGGUAAUACCUUCGUACAUCUGGAUUCACAUCCCGAUAUGCUGAUACCGAAGGAGAUGCUGGCUGAUAGAGUGUGGGAUAAGAAUCAAUUGUUCAGUGAGAUUAGCAUCGAAAAUUGGAUUCUGCCUGCAGCGUAUGCGGGUCAUUUUAAGAACCUGAUUUGGGUAAAACCACCAUGGGCGAAUCAGAUGACUGAUGGUGUACUGACGUUCCUCAUUGGCAAGCAAAAGGAGACCGGCUUGAUAAGAUUAACUUGCCCUGAACCGUACUUCCUUAGCGAAGGUUUAUAUGCGACACCAGAAGAACUUGAAAAUACUCGCGAGAUCACUCUGCAUGUAAUAACCAUCGGAGCUUUUAUUGAAGAUUCAACAAAGAAAGAUGAUUUCACAGCCAUCAGUUCAGCAUUGCGCCAAUAUCUUCCUGAAAAAGAUACUCCCUAUAUUUUGGACGUCGACCUCGAUUUCUUUAGUACUAAAAAUCCAUUCAAGAAUCUUCAUGAACGCGUAAACCUCUACGACAAGUUGGCACCUUUGUUUACAUAUAAGAGGACGGAAUCGAAUGAUCCAGAGGUUCUGAAAGAAUCGAUGAUAGAGAGAAACGAGCAGCUUUCCGAAUUGGAGAAUCUUUUCAGCUAUUUAGAAGAACAUCGUUCUUUAAAGGGUUACAACGCUUUGAAGACAUCACGCUUGUCGCCGAUUUUAUUGCAUGGCAGAUUGCUCGACGUAGCCGCGGCUUUUACGCCGUUGGAUAGAAGUAUCGAAACUUCCGGCAUUCCGUCUGACAAUGCGCGGGAGAGAGGUAUCGAGCGCAAGGUGCACACGCACGCCAUGGCAUGUCGAACAGCGUGUGCGCCAGACGCAUAG